UUUCACUUAAGCCUCUGAAUCACAAUGUCAGUAUUCUCAUUGUAGCAACUUGUUUUUAAAUUCUCCAUGCAGGCUAAAAAGGCUUUAGGGAAUAAGGCUUUCCUCCAGCCAGUGAAUAAGGAUGAGAUUAUUGCUCCAAAGGCCCGUGAGAUCUAUCAGAAAGCAAAAGUCCUUGAUUCCAAAGAGAUCUGGAACAUUCUUAGGGAGGAGUCUGAGUCCAAACUGGCUAUAAUGGAGACAGCCAUUGGCGGGCCCUCAGUGAUCAAGGCGUUUAAUGACAGGAUGGAGUGUCAGAAGCUGCUGGAGGUUCAGGGGCAAGGGAAGUCUAGCCGCCAUAAGAAUCGAGUGGCGCUCAUGUUCAAGGCCUCGGAGGCCAACCUGGACAGGACAGCCUUACUCAUUGCCAACAACCCCCUGCCUGACCUCCAUAACCUGAAGGAGGGUGACAGCCCCACCAAAUACCUGGUAGGCAACCCCCCCGCCCCCGACAAGAGGCUUGAAGCCAUCCGGGGUCGUCAGAGUGGUUUGCCUCCUCUGAAACAUCCUCUUAAAUUGCCAUCUGGGAUGAGAAGAGAUGGCAGCAAGCGGAGCAGCAGAGCUCCGUCAUGGGUGCAAACGAGUCUCUGUGUGCAGUUCUCUGAGGAUAGGUCAACGUUUUCAGACAGGGACAACUGGCAAGAAGGUACUGCCCAAGAUCUGACCCAGAGCACUGAGGUCAAAGAUCAGUGCCGUGAACUGUGUGAGCCCCUCACUCUCUCGGCCCUGCUGGAGACUGCAGUCACAGUAACAGCACCAGGACAGGGGGCGUUCCGCUACGGACAGACCGCCUACUGGAACGUGACCAACAGCUGUGAACUGCCGCCAUGACUUCUGAUGCCUGGACCUUUCAAUGCAUGCACGCAAUAGCUGUUUGCCCUCUAUAUUUGGAGCGGUUUGCCAACUAUGCAUUGAAAUUCAGCAAUAAAUACUUUAUGGUUGAAAUUAUUUGGGGGACAUAUCAAGCCACUGUGUGUGUGUGUGUGUGUGUGUGUGUGUGUGUGU